CGGACCAGCUGCUUGACACCAUCGAGGCUAGUCACGGCUUGUCUUCAACCGCGCGUUGGCUCUGCACAAUAUCCUUCAGAUGCCCAUCAAGGUUUCGAAAAGCACGGCGAAGCCUUCUACUUCGCGAGAUAUCAUCUCAACCGGGCCUAAAGAAGUCGUAUCCUCCAAAAAAAGUGGUAGUGCGACCAUAAGGCCUACCACAGAACGAGCUCUGGUCCUUCGCAAUGGAAAGCAUGGAGCCAGAGGCACGGGGGAGGUCGUAUUGACAGGGAAAAUGACGGGUAGCGAGAAAUUAGAUCUUUUAGCUGAGGACUUGGUUGAAAAAGCUCAAACAGCUCUCAGAGCGCCUUUUCGAAUCGAAGAAUGUGUAGAAAUAGCAAUUUCCCAAUUCAAUGAGUUCAUCGACGACGUUCGAAAUCUCAAAGAUCCUGAUCUUUUCUAUGGUGUUAUUGAGGAGGAGCUGAAAGCUCGUGCACCUCAGACCAAGAACGCCCCAGACCACACUCGCGAUCCAACCUAUCUCGCCUCGGUUGUCUCUGACAGGAUCCAUAAUUCCUACAUGAUUGCCUCUGCCUGGAAGCUCGUUGCCGAUAGUCUGUGCGAGUUGGAAGAAGAUGGGUUGUCCAAUAAACAGGUUGUUCAGCAACUCAGCAACAAUCAGGAACUACGAUCUCGUUACCUUGCCUUGUACGAUGUGAUUGACACCUUGGUCAAACUCAACCAGACCAAAUUUGCGGUCCUCGCUACAACCACACGGCACUACGCACCCUAUUUCAAAGAGACCAUCGCAGAUAACGGAACGAAGAAAGUAUUUUUUGAUUGGCUGAAAGCAAGGGAAGCCUGCCGAUCAUUUCUGGACUGUAUCAUUAUCGAGUUAUGUUUCCCUAACGGGACAUAUCCUCAAAACGUAUUAUACGCUAUUCUUCACGAGGCUGUCAAAGAAGCCCCGAAGGAAGCUCGGCGAUUUCCACAAGCGCUGUGGGAUGCGGUCGGAGAUCUCGCAGUUUGUGUCCAGUUAAGAGAUCUCAUUGAGACGCCUCUCCUUUCACCCAAUGCUCAACCAUGGAAAAAUGAGGAGAAAAAAAUGCCUCUUGAUUACGAUCAAUGGGUGGAUGCUCAGUUGUAUUCCGAAGGUGCCGCGGAAAAGCACGCUAGCUUUAAGGAUGCCAUCUAUCCUUUGGAAAGGACGAAAAAGGCGGAAGUCUUAGCCAAUAUGUGGAAGUAUGUCAACGCGAAUUAUAAAUCCACCUCUGGGAAAGACAUCGAUACACUUUGGAAUCUGACGCAAGCGAUAAAACCGACGCCGAGAUGGCAUCCCUUCCCAAUCUUUGCUGGAGCCGACUCGGAUAUUGAUGACGACGCACCCGCUUCAAAUAUCAACAAACGAGGGAAAAAGGGGAUGCUGGCUAUCACGAACAGCGUGGAGAGCGAUGACUCGAUGCCACCGCUGCACUCUGUUUCAGACACUGAAGAGUCGGAGGAUGAUUUUGGUGAUAGCGACGAUAGUGACUCUGAUGACGGUCUGGACGACGACGAAAGUGGGUAUGACACUGACCAGGAGGACGAGCUCAGGGAGCUUUAUAAAGAGGCUAUGGACGCCGUUCAUGCUGUCGACUGGAACAAUCCUGAAGACCAGGCGGAUACCGACUAUCGAGAGGGCAAUCCAUUCUUGAAGUUGCUUGGUUCUCUGAGAGGUCGCAUGUUCCAAAGCAGCACGAAGCUCAAGGCCACUCCGGCUGGUAAGACUGGCCCUCUGGCUCUUUCCAAAAAGGCAAAGAAAAAGGCGGCUGCGGCGGCUGAGGGUUCUACAAGUCUCGCGACCACGAUUGAAGAAGUGGAGGAUGAAGAUGAAGUUCGUUCAAGCAAGAAGAAGAAGAAGAAGAAACCCAAGAAGAAGAAGAAAGCUAGUGGCACUGGGGGUCAAGACCAGGAGGAGGGUGAAGAGGUUUCUGUGGAAGUCCCUGCAGCAGAGGUUCCCAAGGCCAAAACACCUGCACCACCACCACCACCGAAACCGGUGCCAAGUGCGAAUCAGUCGACGACGUCGUUCAUGCCUCCAUUGGAACAGGUCCCGACGGCUCAGUCGGCUCAUUCGUAUAUCAAGUCUGAGAAGUUGGAUGCUCCAAAGGGAAAACUCAAGUCGCGACCAGACCAUGCGUCAUUAUUCUCCAAACCGAAAGGUGUUCUUGCGAGACUUGGAGUGGGUCAAGAGGAGAAGGAAACGCCUCAGGACAAGAAGGAGAAGAGAAGUUUCUUUAUAAAUCUGCGCAAGAAAACUCGAGGGUACAUGCAUCAAAUCUUGCACACGGCGGAAGAUGAUACGAAGGGAAGCGCUGGUAUGAAAUGGGAAACAUUCGUAAAGGUAAUGGAACAAGUUGGAUUUGAAGUGAAUCCUUCGACUGCCGGUUCGAGCGUACGAUUCACGCCGAGGAAUGGGAAAGACAACCCAAUCUCAUUCCAUAAACCUCACCCUGACAGCACGAUUCCGCCCAAGUUGCUGAAGCAAUACAGCAAGAGGCUUAGAGACCAUUACGGCUGGGUACCUGAAGAUUUGGAAUGA